AUGGGUUUUUUGUUGGAUUCAGUGCAAAACGAGAGGGAAUCGGGAUGGGAGAAGAUUGUUCACGCAUGGAGUGGAGCGCACUUGGCGGUGAUGAUUGGGGAAGCAGGGUGUUCCAGGUUCUGGUAA